GUACAAAAGCCAAUUUUCACUUGACAUUCUUAAAGUUUCUUGAUCAGAUAUUUUCUUGGCAAUAACUAUGGGGAAUUGCUUAGUUAUUGAAGAGAAGACAGUGAAGGUGAUGAAGACAGAUGGGAAGAUAAUUGAGUACAAAUCACCAAUAAAAGUUCAUCAAGUAUUGUCCGAGUUCUCUCACCAUGCAAUAUCUGAUAAACUCCCUGUAGUGAAGCACCUGCAUCCAAAUGCUGAGAUGCUUGGAGGGCACUUGUACUAUCUGCUUCCUUUGCCGGUGCCGGUGCCGGCUCCAUCGCCUAAGAAGAAGAAGACAGUUCGUUUCUCGGAUGAGGUCGUGGAGGGAGCCCGACGAGCGCCUGAAGUCGUCAGGAUUAAGCUUGUGAUCAGCAAGCAGGAGCUGCAGGCUAUGAUGGGAAGUGGGGGAGUUUCAGUUGAAGAUGUGAUUGCUCAGGUGCAGAGAGAAGGGAGCAUAAACAAGAUUGAAAGUGGUGAUACUGAUAGAUGGUUGCCAGAUUUGGAAAGUAUCCCUGAAGUGAACUAGUUGUUGUUGGCUUUGUAAAUUAAACAAGAAGGGUAAAGAAAGAAAAAAUGAUGUUUAGAUACAAAAAUAUGUAGCUAGGAGCAUCAGGGUAAACAGAAUAUAGAUUUUGAAUUUUCUCUCUUGUCAGAAAAUGUACAAGAUACUUCUCACUUGUAGUUUAACAGAAAUACAAUGUGUCCUAAAGAAAUCUAACUGAAAAAA